AAGUCUGAAGUGGAAAUGGAUUAAAACUGGUAAAUCAAAUUGUACAGAAAAAAGCAGACCGAAAAUCCAAAAGAACUUGAUGAAAGAGUAACAGCUUUGAAAUUGCAUUACAAUGAGUUAGGUGCAAAGGUAACCGAGAGAAAAGCAACAGUUGGAGAAAUGCCUGAAGUUGUCACGUAAGAUGAGAAAGGAAAUGAAUGUUUUAACGGAAUGGCUGGCAGCCACAGAUACAGAAUUGACAAAGAGAUCAGCAGUUGAAGGAAUGCCAAGUAAUUUGGAUUCUGAAGUUGCCUGGGGAAAGGCUACUCAGAAAGAGAUUGAGAAACAGAAGGCUCACUUGAAGAGUGUCAUGGAACUAGGAGAUUCCUUGAAAACAGUAUUGGGCAAGAAAGAAACUUUGGUGGAAGAUAAACUGACGCUUCUGAAUAGUAACUGGAUAGCUGUCACCUCCAGAGUAGAAGAAUGGCUAAAUCUUUUGUUGGAAUACCAGAAACACAUGGAAUCCUUUGAUCAGAAUGUAGAACAUAUCACCAAGUGGAUCAUUCACACAGAUGAACUUUUAGAUGAAUCUGAAAAACGGAAACCACAACAAAAGGAAGAUAUUCUUAAGCGUUUAAAGGCUGAAAUGAAUGACAUCCGCCCAAAGGUGGACGCCACACGUGAUCAAGCAGCGAAAUUGAUGGCAAACCGCGGUGACUACUGCAGGAAAAUAGUAGAGCCCCAAAUCUCCGAGCUCAACCGUCGAUUUGCAGCUAUUUCUCACAGAAUUAAGACUGGAAAGGCCUCCAUUCCUUUGAAGGAAUUGGAGCAGUUUAACUCAGAUAUACAAAAAUUGCUUGAACCACUGGAGGCUGAAAUUCAGCAGGGGGUGAAUCUGAAAGAGGAAGACUUCAAUAAAGAUAUGAGUGAAGACAAUGAGGUACUGUAAAUGAAUUGUUACAAAGAGAACAC